AUGGUUAAAAAUAAAGUCAAGUUUGGCAACACUGGUGGUAUGUCAACAACAGUAAAGUGGCUUGCAUGUAGGCCUAUGAGAGAUGUAAUGUCUUAUUCUGGUUAUGUUAUCAAUGGACAUCGCUUUCACACAAGAAAUGUUAACAGAAGCACACAAGAUAGUGGUGUAUCUAUGGAGGCAAACACUAUUUGUCAAUCUAGUGCAGAAGACACAUCUCAGGCCAUUGGGAAAAUUACUUAUUAUGGGGUUAUAAGAUACAUUGUUUUGCUAGAUUAUCGCAUGUUCAAAGUACCUGUAUUUGACUGCGAUUGGGCAAACAUAACGAAUGGUGUCAAAGUUGGAGAUGGAUUUACGCUAAUUAAUCUCCAUCAAGGCCUACAUCAAUUUAGAAAAGAUCCAUUUAUUUUAGCAUAUCUAGCUAAGCAAGUGUUUUACUCUAGAACUGAUAACAAUUCAAAUUGGGUUCCAAGUGAGAAAAAAAAACAACACGCGACUAUUCUUGCUGCAGCUAUUCUACGAGAAAGGAAAAUGAGGGCUAUAAGAAUAUCCGAUGGAGUUGCUGCAGCUAAUCCUAGUACAGAAGGAAUUAAUGUGUCAUCCAAAGGGAAAGGCAAGGUUGAUGAAGAAAAUAGGAAACCUAGGGGUCGAGCACGAUUGCAAUAUCUUAGCAAAGGAAAUAAGCUCCUAGUUGAAUUCAAUCCUCGAGGCCAGACACAUGGGGAAAAUGCAGCUAAGUUUGCUUCUCUCCUUGGUGCCAUACACUACAAAAAAAAGAGCACAAAACAACACUCAUCCUCUUUGUCGCGGAUAAGGCGUGGUGGAGCAGCUAGCUGGUUUUGGAGCGGCUGUAUACACAUGUUCUUGGAACCAAGCAGAACUCUACAAUUGCUUAGGAGGCUAAGGGCUUUCUGGUCACUGGGUAUGUCUGUGACGCCUCGUCUAAAACCGGAAGUGGCUUCUUCUUUCAAUGGCAAGCUCAACUUACUUGUAAAUGAUGUUGAGACAAAUAUCAGGAACCCAACUGCUGAGUUCUGGGACCAGCAACAAGUAAAGAUGGGAGCAGAUCUUAGACAAAGCUGCAAGCAAUUAUAUCUCCAAAGGCACUUAGAACCCAAGAAAGACAUGCUAUACUCCAAGGGAUACCUCUGGCGCAGGUCUAGACAAGUAUUUUUGGCCUUAGUUCUUUAUUUGAUCCAUUUUGUCAUGUUUCAGGUGUGCUUGAAUCAUGGGAUAAGGUUUUGCAUUUCAAGGAAGCCGUAUUUACAUACAAGUCACAUGAAGACCUGA